AUGACGACCUUCAAUAACCUUCCAGUCCCUCUCCCUCCAAGGACUCCAACCCCUCCCACACCCCUUCCUGAAGAGCCUUUCGUAGACGACGACGGGUACGACCAAAACUCACUCACACCGACCCCGAGUAGACUUUCCUGGACAUCGGCCGACUUUCAGGGAAUCAAUAUCCAGGCUUCCUCUACGCCCCCUCAAACUCCCUCUUAUUCGUACGCUCCGUCGCCAACAAGGUUCAACGGAACUCCAACUUUCUCACCCAUACGACAAUCCAGAAUGAACGGCUAUUCCAAUGGAGGGUCUAACUCCUCGACGACCACCUUGACAACUACGGUCAAUGGGACAUCCACGCCGCCCACGCGCUCGCCAUUCAAUUUCAAACAAGUAGUCAUGGCGCCACCGACGAACCCUGGAUCGAUGAACCAGCAAGCAAAUCAACGUCGUGGACAUCGAUACAAACGGUCGAGUAUGAGCCAUCAGAUCUUUACUGAGCCGAAACCUCGAGCUCCACUCGCAGUCCCACUAUCCCUACCGAUCCCAACAAUCAAAGAAUGGCGACAGAGCAUGACGAAAGAACAGAAGAUCCGGUUAGGGUGGGGAUUCGUCCAUUUCGGGAUUGCAGUCUUUUGCGCUUGGAAAGGACAUGGCUCGUUAGCUAUGACGGCUUUGUCGCAUUUGGUGAUAUAUGAUGCAGUUUCGGCUGCUUUGUGUGUCGUUGUUGAUGUCUUGAGUAAUUUUGAUGUCUGGAGUAGAAGUAGUAUUAGACAUCCGUUCGGGUUACAACGAGCUGAGGUUCUCAUUGGCUUUGCCAUGUCGGUCCUGCUACUCUUCAUGGGAUUCGAUUUAAUCCAACACGCUGCUCAGGAUCUUGUCGCUGGAUUCCAAGGAGACGAGGAUCACGAAGGACAUGGCCACUCCCACGGCGGUCACGGCCACCAUAGACAUCAACGAGUCCCCAACGGCACCAUCGAUACCCAUGCCCUCCUUGUGAUCGGAGCAACACUCGUUUCUGGAAUCGGUUUAAAAAAUCAUGUUCGUAUUGGGAAAGCUCUCCGAUUCGCAUAUAUCUCAAAUCUGCCUUCCAUACUCAGCAACCCAUCCCAUUUCCUCACAUUAUCGUGCUCGGGACUUCUUUUCCUACUCCCGCUACUCUCCGUCACCAUGUACGCCUGGGUUGAUAGGACGCUAUCCUUGACAAUUGCUGUGUCAAUGAUCAUACUUGGAUUGAGACUUGUCAAGAUCCUAGGCAGCAUGCUCCUCAUGCGAUAUGGUGGCGAGGGAGUACCAGAGGUCAUUAAAGCGAUCGAGCAGGACUCGGCCGUAACUACAAUCGAAGAAGCCUCAUUCUGGCAAGUUCACUACAGCCUCUGCAUGGCUAAUCUCAAACUCCACGUCCAUCUCUCAGACGCCUCGACCGAGGUUAAGAUCCGAGAAAGAAUCAGCAGACUCAUCAAAGACCGCCUAGGUGGAGUCUAUGGAAGAGGUAAACGGACCUGGGAUGUGACGAUUGAGAUUGUCCCAUCUAGUUAA